CACAAUAGAGCAUUCAGACAACAGUGCUCACAGUGGAAAUUUUCAGAGGAAAAAUUUUUAUAAGAAUUGCAAAAGUUUUGUCGAAAAUAUAGUAUUUGAUGUUGACGCGUCUGAAAAUUAUUGGUAAUCCGUUUAAUUUGCUGACGACGAUUUUAAUUAAAACAUUUACGUCAUUACCAUUUUAUUGAUCAUUUUUCACAUUUUCAUCAUGAAUUUGAAUCGACCAGGUUUGUUUAUUUUACCCGAAUAAUUAUGUUUAGAAUAUUAUUUCUUUAUCCAUUAGGACCAUCUCGUCGUCAUAUUUCAUCGGGUACUGACAAUGUUUCUUCAACUCCCAUGUUUACCGAAAGUUAUUUUACUGUCGAUUCUGAUAAUUUUGACCAAACAACAGCAAAACAUCAUCGUCUUCACCAGCGGUUCCACCAUCGACACAAUGGUUUAAUAAUUAUAAUCAAAUGAAUUCCUUCUUCAACCAGAAUGAUAAUUAUGGAAUUUCUUCACCUACUCCACCGGUGUCAUGCUCAUCAUCUUGGCAACAACCACCUUCGAUGCCGCCAAUGUCGGGAUUUUCUUCGGGACGAAUACCACAACAACAAUUUCAUCAGCCAAUGUUUCCAAAUCAACAAUUUUUAAUGGCUGCUGAUCAACAACUCCUAUCUAAUCCGAUGAACGGCGCUGAAUCGCAAACAUUGUUAAAUUUUUCAUUGGAAGAUGCAUUCGAUUAUAUUGAAUCUUAUAUAGUUGAUUCCGGAAUCGAUUUUAAUGUUUAUCAAUUUAGUCAACGUCCAGUAUUUGUGACAUUUGUACAAUUAGUUACAGCUUGUUUUGUUUCUAUCGGUGAUAAAUCAAUGAAUUUUAAUCAACGAACUAAAAUGGAAGAUGUUUGGAAAAAAUUGAAUUCACAAUUUGAAAGUUUAUCGCUAAACAUUCGAAUUCAUCUUCAUGAUUUGAAAUUAAUGUCACAUAAUGAAACAUCUACAAAUAAAGUGAUUAAAGCAUUUGCAUAUCUUCUCAAAAAUCGUUUGAGUUUAAUAUUGAAUUCAUUAAAAGAAUUGAAACCAUUACGUCAAAACGACAUCAUUGAUACAAAGAUUGAUCCUGAUUUUACUAUGGAAUUUCCCGAAUUAGAAUUACUGAAACUGUCAAAUCGAACUAAUAUUGACUUUAAAUCGCUCACGUUAAUUGAUGAAAACAUCAUUAAAGAUUUACAAACAAUUGAUAAUGAACUGAAAAAUAUUGAUCAAUCUACGUAUAAAUUUGAAUCUGAUAUUAUUAAAAUGAACGAUGAAAUCAAAUUACUUGAAGAUGAAUUAAAAGAACUUGAUGAACGGAAAAUUAUUGAAGAAAAAUUUACUGAAUUGAUCCAAAAACAUAGUAAAGAUUUGAAAAAUUUAAAAAUCAACUUUCAUACUUUACCAUUGAUGAAAAAUUUGGAAAUUCUUCAGAAAAAACGUAAUGAAUUUUCAACAAAUAAUGAUUCGAAUGAUCGAUUUGAUGAUCUUAUAAGAUUUAUCGAACAAUUUGAGAAUGAUGCAAUGGCCAAUAUUGAUGAAAAUAUGGAACCAAUCACCAAUAUCAUUGAACAACUCGAUAAAUCAAUUAAUGAAAAAAUGAAUAUGGAAUCAGCAAAACAUCAAUCGAUUGAAAAAGAAUCACAGCAAAAUAAUUCAAAUAAAACUGAUGAAAUUGGUGAAAUUAAUGAAAAUCAAGUUGUUGAUGAUCAGCGGAAAAAGACCCGAUCAAAGACACAGGAAACAAAAACAAAACGACCAAGGCAAAAGGACCAGAAGAAAAAAGAUGAAAAUCAAGUUGUUGAAGAACCAAGAAUGACGCGAUCGAGAGCACGACAAAUCAUGACAGAACAAUCACCAAAACAACCAAAACAGAUGCCAUCGAAACGAGGAAAAAAGAAUUGAUCUAUUUUUUAUUUUAUUUUCAACUUUGUUUUACUAGCUCAUCACUGUUAUCUAUUUUAUUGUUUUAUCUUGAUUGUAAAUUUUAAGUUUGUUGGUUUUUUUUCGAUUUUCAUUUCAUAAAUUAUUCAUGAGUAACAACAACGGUGUUGAUUUUUUUUUAAAACUUUUUUUUCAAAAUUCAAACACAUGGAAUAAAGAACUGUUAUUUAUUCAUUUAA